AUGUCAUCAUCGUCCAUCUCUGAUGGAAUUCUCAAAUUUGCUACGCAAUACUCGAUUUAUACUGGUUGUAUUACGUUUAGUUUUGGAAUUAUUGGUAAUACGUUGAAUCUUCUCGUUUUUACCCAACUGAAACUAUUUCGAACCAAUCGAUGUGCAUUCUAUAUAACUAUUGAAUCAAUUUUCAACUUCAUUUAUCAGUUUUUCUCCAUUAGUUUAACUAUUUUAACAUCAAUAUAUGGAGAUGAUGCAACAGGACGUUCUUCAAUUUGGUGUAAACUAAGAUAUAUAGUGGCACAAACAUGUGCGCUCACCACUUUUUAUAUGAUAUGUUUCACUGCCGUUGAUCAAUUCUUUUCGACAAAUCAUCGUUUGAAUUUAAGACAAAUGUGUACAUUGAGAUUAGGUCGAUAUUUUGCGUUUGUAUGCAUUUGUUUUACAAUCAUUCAUAGCAUUGCGCUUGGGUCUUCUUAUGGUAUUCAGCCAACAUUUGGCUGUAUCAUAUCGGACCAUAUAUGGGUUCAGUAUUCAACAUAUUUCUUUUAUCCAAUUUUAUUCGGUUUUCUACCUAUUGUAACUGCAUCAACAUUUAGUAUGUUAGCUUAUCGUAAUGUUCGCCAUAUAGUUCGACGACAACUACCAAUUGUUCGUCGUAAACUAGACAAACAAAUGACAGCAAUGGUUCUGAUGCGUGUAAUAGUCUUUGUUUGUUUGGCAACAUCUUAUAGCGUUUAUCGUAUCUAUACGACUAGUUUCCCUAUAUCACAAAGUAUCCCUAUGGCAUAUGCAGUUGGUAGAUUAAUUCAAGCAAUUUUUCUUUCUAUCAGCAAUAUAAAUUUUGCCAUCAGCUUUUAUCUUUUUAUAAUAUUCUCAUCACGUUUUCGUCGUCAAGUGAAACUUGUUCUAGUCAAAAAAUGUUGGGAACGAUGGAAAUAUUGGUGCUGUCAAAUAAAUAAUCGAGUUGAACCUGACAACAAUAUUGAAGCACGUAAUUCACAAAUGGAAUCUGAAGAAAACAUCUAA